AUGCCCCGUCGAGGCCGAGGCGGCAGGAUGCCCUCAGGGCCCUGGGGAAGGUUGAAGCCUGUUGAGCUGGACCCAUUGCAGGAUAUGGGUCUUCCCUCUAAAGGAGACGAUAGGUUACUCAACCACAAAACACAGGAAUGGUACUACAACCAGAUUAUCUCACGUUUCCUUGCCUUUUGCACAGAAUCAGGUGACAAGGACUCAAUCAUAAGGAGCUUCGAAGCCCUCGACAUCAGAACAGUCGAUACGACUCCUGCUACACGGUAUACAAAGCCUCCACCUGGAUACGUUCCAACGGCUACAACAACGACUUCUCCAUCUGUCACAGAUACCACAGGAACCUCUAAGACUGCUGGCUCAUCAUCAGAGGAUACUUCAGUUUCUUCCUCAUCUGCUUUGGCGGGCUCUCUGAAGGCCCUCCGAGCGAUAAUUCCUUCCAGUGGUCCGACUACCUCAAUGCUGGCGGCCAUCGAAGACCCUGAUAACACGAAAUCCUUACAAGAUGUUCUAAUGGCACUGAGAAAGCUCCGAGAAGGUUUAGUGGCUUCGAAGAGGGCUGAUCUCUUUUCCAUCCAAGCCUAUAUAUUCUCCAUACGCCUAUCCAUUCUCGCUAAGCACCCUGAAUCCUAUCAUCCAGCAAUUCUGCAUCUCCUCCGUUACAUGGCCGUGUGGACUCCCAUGGUCCAGAGUGAGAUUGAGGAAAUUGCAGGUUAUUUUAUGCUGGACGCUGCGUGUCGACGUAGGGACUUGACAGAGGCGUAUUUCAUCAGACAAGACUUCAACAUUCGGAACAAGAAGCUGGAUACCAUACUCAAGGCGCUGGCACAUGACAACUAUGUCUCAUGGCAGGUUUCAAAGAGACAGGUUAAUCGGCACUGCCUUAAGCUGAUGGAGUGGGCGGAUGAUGAUAUAAGGCUUCACACGUUGAAAUGCUUUGGGAGAUCGUAUCUCAACGUGGACUUGACAUUUUUGGAGUUAUCGACGGGUCGAAAAUGGAAUGAGCUGAAAGAGAAGGAUAAUGUCGGGUGGGACCUUGAAGACGAGAAGGUAACUAUCAAACGAGUGAGAGCCAAGUGA